AUGUGGAAGCUUAAGGUCUCUCAAGGGAACGAGCAUGGACUCAAAAGCACGAACAGCAACAUCGGCAGACAGUACUGGGAGUUCGACCCUGAGCUCGGUACACUGCAAGACCGAGCUCGGAUCGAACUGGCUCGGAGCCACUUCACCGAAAAUCGAUUUCGAACCAAACAAAGCUCUGAUCUCCUAAUGAGAUUUCAGUUUGCAAGGGAGAAUUCAUCAGCAGGUGAUGAAAUGAAGCCGCCUGCUGCUGCUGCUAAGGUCAAAGCUUCUGGGACUGAGGAAUCUGUGAAGGUCACAUUAAGAAAGGCUCUAAGAUUCUUUUCAACUUUGCAAACUGAAGAUGGAUUCUGGCCUGCUGAUUAUGGAGGCCCUUUGUUCCUUCUACCGGGAUUGGUGAUUGGGUUGUUUGUAACCGGAGCUUUGGACAAAAUUUUGCCAUCGCAGCAUCGGCAGGAGCUACGCCGUUACCUAUACAACCAUCAGAACGAAGACGGAGGAUGGGGAAUACACAUAGAAGGGGAGAGCACAAUGUUCGGAACAGCACUCUCCUACGUCACCCUCAGACUGCUUGGAGAAGCAAAGGACGACGGCGAUGGUGCGAUGGAGAAGGCAAGGAAUUGGAUUCUCCACCACGGUGGCGCCACCUUUAUUCCUUCUUGGGGCAAGAUGUGGCUUUCAGUGCUGGGAAUAUACGAGUGGGGUGGGAACAAUCCACUGCUCCCGGAACUAUGGCUUCUCCCUUACUGUCUGAAUCCCAUGCACCCAGGACGGCUGUGGUGUCACAGCCGGAUGGUGUACCUGCCGAUGUCGUUUUUGUAUGCCAACAAGUUUGUGGGGCCCAUCACUUCCCUUGUUUUGUCUCUCCGUCGAGAACUCUAUCUGAUUCCUUAUCACCUCGUUGAUUGGAACGAAGCCCGUUAUCUUUGUGCUAAGGAAGACCUAUAUUAUCCACAUCCUAUCAUACAAGAUGUAUUAUGGGAAUGUCUUGAGAAAGUAGUAGAGCCUGCUUUAAAGAAAUGGCCAUUCUCUAAGCUAAGGAAAAAGGCUCUUGAUGUUGUGAUGCAACACAUUCACUAUGAGGAUAAGAGUACCAAUUAUCUUUGCAUUGGCCCUGUGAGUAAGGUCCUGAACAUGGUUUGUUGUUGGGUGGAGGACCCAAACUCCGAGUCAUACAAGUGUCACCUUUCAAGAGUUAAAGAUUACCUCUGGGUUGCAGAAGAUGGCAUGAAAAUGCAGGGAUACAAUGGAUCUCAACUAUGGGACGUUGCUUUCUCGGUUCAAGCAAUCUUGGCAACCGACCUGGUGGACGAAUAUGGCUCAAUGCUUAAGAAAGCUCACUCCUUCAUCAGAAACACACAGGUGAAAGAAAACAGUGGGAAAAGCCUUAGUUUAUGGUAUCGCCACAUUUCGAAGGGAGGAUGGCCUUUCUCAACCGCAGAUAAUGGUUGGAUCGUCUCUGACUGCACUGCCGAAGGAUUGAAGGCAGCACUUAUGUUAUCAACGAUGCCAUGUGACAUAGUAGGUGAAGAGAUUAUAGUUCCAGAUCGAUUACAUGAAGCCGUUAACGUCAUUUUGUCUUUACAGAAUAAAAAUGGUGGUUUUGCCUCAUAUGAGCUCACGAGAUCUUAUGCAUGGUUGGAAAUGUUCAAUCCAGCUGAAUUGUUCAGUGAUAUUAUGAUUGAUUAUCAGUACGUAGAAUGCACUUCAGCAGCAAUACAAGGCCUCAAAGCAUUCCAAAAGCUGCAUCCGAGUUACAAAAACAAAGAAAUAGAAGCUUGCAUUAGCAAAGCAAUCAACUUCAUUCGGAGCAUACAACGACCCGAUGGCUCGUGGUACGGGUCGUGGGGAGUGUGUUUCGUGUACGGAACAUGGUUCGGGAUAAAGGGUCUGGUCGCCAGCGGACGGUCUUACCACGGCUGCGAUAGUAUCAGAAGAGCAUGCGAUUUCUUGCUGUCCAAGCAACUCCAGUCUGGUGGGUGGGGUGAAAGCUACCUCUCCAGCCAAAAUAAGGUGUACACUAACCUGGAAGGAAACAAGUCGCAUCUGGUGACAACUGCAUGGGCAAUACUAGCUUUGAUUGAAAGUGGACAAGCAGAUAGAGAUCCGAUGCCAUUGCACCGUGCUGCCAAAGUGUUGCUCGAUUCUCAGUUGGAAAAUGGAGAUUUCCCACAACAGGAGAUUAUUGGAGUGUUCAAUAAGAACUGCAUCAUCAGUUAUUCAUCCUACAGAAACAUAUUUCCCAUAUGGGCACUGGGAGAAUACCUCAACCGUGUUGUUCUUGCCAAAUCCUGGUAAUUGAAGCAG